AGUCCCACCGCCUGGCGCGCCACAGCGCAGGUAACGAAAGGACCUAACGCAACCCGUUUGCCUGAUCUCAGAUCUCGCCACUCGCCAUGGACUUAGCACUCGCUGUGUGGUGAAGGCUUGUCGUGGAGAGCUGUUGUGAUCGCCGUUUUUGUCACAUCUGUGUUGGUUGGGACAGUCGAGACACGGAAAACAUCGGAACCUAACAGAGGACAUAAUUCAUCGAAAAUUGCGACUUGGGCAAAACAUACGACAAAACAGGGAUUAAGUGACUUUGUCACUCUUAUCAGAUCACUACAGAGUGUGAAAGAAAGAGAAAGAGAAAGAGAAAGAGAAAGAGAGAGGGAGAGGGAGGGAAAGAAAGAGAGAGCAAAAAAGACAACAACAACAACACCCCAAAAUCAACCAACUAUAUCAUGGCGGACACCGAGGACAUCGAUUCCGCGGAGCGAGGGUAUCGACGGCUGUCGUCUCUCUUUCUGCCGCCACAACACAACUUGCAACGAUGCCAGAGAUGUAAUCAGCCUGUGUAUCAGCAGGAGAGAAUCGGGCCCGUCAAUGACGUCAUCUUCCACAAGCAGUGUUUCAA